AUGGAGAAGGCUCUGAGGACAGCCAGCUCCUCUUUACCCUACCAUCUUCUCGCCUAUGGCACCCUUCUUGGGACGCAGCUGUUUCACAGCUUCGUCAACACCAAGAUCUGCUACAAAGCGCUCUCAAUGGAUCAGUUUGUCAAACUCCAAAAGCAGAUUUUUCCGAUCUACUUUGCUACGCAAGUGAGCUUGACGGCACUCACAGCUGUGACACGUCCUCCCUUUGGCAUCUUUUCCCUGGCCAAGGACCCGUGGAGUGCUGCGCCUCUUGCCAUCGCGGGCGUCGCUAGCUCCUUGAACUGGUACAUUUAUGGACCCAAAACUAGCUCGGCCUCUAUGAAGAGAAGAUUGAUGCAAGUAACCGAGAACCCCAUCUCCGAUCCGAAUAGCCACAAGGCACAUUCUGUGAAUCGAAACUUCGCGCGGAAUCAUGCAAUGGCAAUCCAUCUCAAUGCGAUUGCAGUCAUAGCCACCGUUCUGUACGGAUUUUCGCUAUCUGCCACGAUCUUGGACGGCCGACAUAUCUAG